AUGGAUGCAACCUUGCUGUGUAAUGUUAUGGGUGCUAGCAGGGAUAUCACUCUUCGUUUGCGUCUUCUCCACUUGUGGUUGGCUAAGCCGCCAUCCAGUUCUGUUGUCUAUCAUCACUGUUGCCUGUGGGUCGAUCAGGCGGGUAUGCUUAUACAAGCUUUAGCUGAUCCUGCAAUGGCAAGUGAUAUUAAGCAGCAGCUUGGUGUUGGUUUCAUUUACAUAAUCAAAGGUGGGGAUCAUCGUAUUCUCUCAGAUGUCAUUGGCCGUCUUCAUUCUAUCAGUGGAAUUGAUCACAAGCUUACCACUAAUGGAUCCACACCAAAACAAGUCCUGCUGCUCGAAAAUGGAGAGCAUCGAAGGGUCUCCAUAACUCUGUGGAAUGAGCUCGCUGGCCUCCUGGACCGCACUGCUUUGAUUCAGGCAGACUCUAUUGAGCCAGUGAUCAUUGCAGUUGGAGGACUUAUGGUUGGCCGGGUGAUAGAGGGUGUAUACACCUGUUCCAGUUCUUCAGGGACUCGCAUAUCAGUGAACCCUCGCAUACCAGAGGCAUACCAUCUGACAGCUUUGUUUGCUGGAACAAGGGAUCCCGUUGCUGAUUUGGCCAUUCAGUUUGGCACACCGGAAGCUGCUGUUGCUGAUGGCGACAAUAGGGCCAAGACAAUUGAUGAGUUGGUCACCCUGUAUCGUAAUGGUGGUUCUGUGGAUGCAAAGUAUUUCUGUAGUGGUAUAAUCAAGUCGGUUGAGUCUAGGAGUCCAUGGUAUAAAAUCCAGCUCAUACUGAGAGAUUUGACUGGUGAAGCCCCUUUCAUUGUUUUUGGUUCAUGUGGCAACAACUUAGUCUUCACCUCUGCUCAGCUGUUGGCCCAGAGAUACCCGCACAGGCCUGGCGAGCUGCCUCCAGAAUUGAGUGCAUUAUUUGGUCAGUUUGCAAAGUUCGAAGUUAAGUUGCCAAUGGUGGGUUUCAAUGGCAUGUCAACUGGACAGUUCAGGGUCCUUUGUGUGGUUCCUCAACAAGCUAAUGCAAUACAAGCACCUGUUCCCCAUGUAAUACCAGCACAUGUUCCCCUUGCAAUUAUGGACAGUGUUGCCACUCCUUUGGCUUCUUUGCCAUCUCAGAACAAUGAUAAUCAGCUCGCCUGUUCAGCAUCACCAAUGUUGAUGUCUUUGCCUGCACCUAUGCCAGGAUCAGUACCAUCAAGUUCUUCAAAGGGCAAAGAAAAGGUCUCAGGUUCAUUGUCGAAUGAAAAUUUCAGCCCUACUUUCCAAAUUGGCCAUCAGGCUCCAAAGCUUCUUAGUCAAGUAAGGGGACCAUUGUUGAUCAAUGAGAAAGUCAAUGGUCCUGAGAGUCAGCCUCUUUCCGAGAAUGUUACUGAGAAAGUCUUCAAUGCAGCAAUCAAUGAUGGUCAACCACAUAAAGGUCCUGCUGGGAUAUCUGAUUCAACUGGUGAAAAGUCAAUCAUUGCUGAUCAAGUUUGCCAAGUGCAACCAGUACCUGUUGGCAUUAUUAAUGUGUCAAAGAUGCCAGUGACUCCCUCACCACCAGUACCAAAGGUUGUUCAGGGAUCAGAGGAUCAUUCUGGUCAUGAAUCAUUAAGUGCACAGGGUUCUGCUGUUGAGAAGUUAGAGACGCCUCAGAGUAAGGUUGCUGCUGUGGAAUCAUCGACCCCACCAUUUACUUCCCCUUCUGCUUCUUUGCUGGUAUCUCCAUUGGCCAAGGUGAAAGUCGAGAAGUUGGAUGCUUCAGAAGCAAAGCAAGCCACUGGUGUUGCAAAUGCUUCUGUUCCAUUUACAAUUGGGGGCUCGAAGUCAGCUGAGGGUUCUGUUAAGCGUCCUUCUGCAAAGCGUCGUCUUUAUGAGGCCUAA